AUGCGUCCCAACUGGACUAAACAAGAAGAUUAUUGCUUACUUUAUUACUAUGUGAGGUAUCAAAAUGAAUGGUUGCUAAUAUCAGAGAAACUAAAAACGCGUUCUCCUCGGGAAUGCUGCUUAAGAGUUGCUCAGCUGGUCUGA